AUCAUUGAUGAAGAAGAAUCAGAUGCAGAAAUUAUACAAAAAGAUGAUGACGAAACUUGCGAAAAGUGUGCUUCAAAGGAAACUUAUGAGGAAAAAGAAGAGGAAACUUCUGAAGAAAAAUUCUGAGACAGUGAAAUAUGUAGGACAGAGCAACUUCAUUAAAGAGAAUAACAG